AGGGGAAGAUUUAGGGAGCAAAAUGCAGAAAGGCUUGAUUCAUUGGGCUGUGUAUUUUAACUUUGAAAAUGUACAUGCAGCGUUGUGUUUAUCAAAGGCUAUUAGAAAAGUGUUUGUCAAAUGUUAGUGCGGAGUAAAACAUUUCAACAAGUACCGUGCAUAGUUCAGUGCAAUUCAAGAGGGAGGAAGUGAGUUUAAUGCAACUUUACAGGGUGCAAUAUACAGUACGAUGGAUAGAAGAGGCGGGAUAUGGAGUGUGUGUGUGUGUGUGUGUGUGUGUGUGUGUGUGUGUGUGUGUGUGUACAUGUGGCAGAGAGGGAGAGGUUGGGAUGUGUUCACAGUAAAGAGGGAGCAGGGUAACAUCUGCUCUGUCUCGUUGGAGGAACUGCUUUUUUCUGGAUUUUUCUUUGGGAUUGAACUCUUUAUUUUCGAGGAUUUCUCGAGGAUAUUUGAGUCCAUAACUGUUGAAUGGUUUCCUCAGUAUUGUUCUCUGUGCUUCUACUGCUGGAUUUUCACUUUCACUUUAAACAACUUGGGACUUUGUGGGCUGUGUCCGGUCAGGUAGAGUGUGAGGUGUUUCGUCAGGACUUCCUUUUGCUGGGUGAUUUCAGUUUCGUCUGAAUUGAUAAUCAAUCCUACUUUUGUACUUCCUCUUUUUGUUACAUAUUUUAGUGGAAAUAUAAAAGGUUGGGACAGGAGUGUCUGCAGAGUGGGAACGUCUAUCAGAAGAAGGUCGCUGUGAUCUGGACGAGUUUUAAAAGGAAGCCAUAAUGGUGACACUGAAAGAGGAGCUGUGGAGUAUUCUGCAGCAUUUAAAAGAAAACGAGUUUAAGCAAUUCAAAUGGCUCCUGGAGGCGGAGGACAUCCCGGUGUGUCGGUUGGAGAACGCGGACCGGACGGACACGGUGGAUCUGAUGGUGCAACAACACCAGGGUCCUGGAGCUCUGGAGUUAACCACCAAGAUUUUAGAAAAGAUCAGCAGGAACGAUCUGAUGGAGGUUUUGGUUCAAACCAGGUCCAGAUGGAAAGAGCUCAAUAACCGUGAGAAGGCCAAGCUGGCGAAGACAAAGGCUGAUAUCAAUCUGAUGAUCCAGGAGAGACAGAAGAGGAUCGGGGAUAUCAGUCGCUCGUCAGAGAUCAGCAGCCAAUCUGCUGAGAGACAUAUCGCAGACAGCAGGCGGGUCUUUGCUGUUUUGAAGCAGUCUGUCGAGACAAGUCUAGACAAUCUCAUCGAGGACAUUGAAAAAAAGCGGGAUACGUCGAGGAAAGAGGCAGAGGGAUUCAUCCGAGAGCUCGAGAAAGAAAUCUCUGAGCUAACAAAAAGGUGUGCUGAGGUGGAGACGCUCUCACGCACUGAAGACCACCAUGACUUCCUGCACAGCGUCCCACCCCUGCAUGGUAUUCCAUUCACCAAGAGCUGGAAGGAAAUCUGUGUCACUCCGCCAUUGUACGGGAGAAGUGUGGAAAAAUCUAUUAAUGAGCUGGAGGACUUACUCAAGAAAGAGAAGGUGAAAUUGAUUGUGAAGGUCCAGCUGAGAAGAGUCCAGCAGUUUGCAAAGGACGUGACUCUAGAUCCUGACACAGCGAACCCCCGCCUCGUUUUAUCUGAAGACGGGAAAACAGUCCACUGUGGGGAUGUAAAAAAAAACCUUCCUGACAACCCGGACAGAUUUAAUACUGCUGCAAACGUCUUGGGAAAGCAGAGUUUCUCUUCAGGAAGAUUUUACUAUGAGGUUCUGGUAAAAGGGAAGUCUUCGUGGGAUUUAGGCGUCGUCAAAGGGUCGAUCGACAGGAAGGGGUCGAUCUUUGCAAGCCCCCAGAAUGGCUACUGGACAAUAUGUUUAAGGGAAGGGUAUAAGUACAAAGCCUCUGCCGUCAAUCUCAGUGUGAAACGUCAGCCGGAGAGGGUGGGCGUAUUUGUGGAUUAUGAGAAGCAUUCAGUCUUCUUUUAUGACGUAGAUUCUGCAGACGUUAUCCAUAAAUUUACUCACUGUUCCUUCACUGAGAAACUCUUCCCCUUCUUUAGUCCCAGUCCUCAUUACAACUGUACAAACUCUGCACCUCUAAUAAUCCUGCCUGUCGAUUACAGUGAGUAGAUUUGAUGCGUUAAAUCAUAUAUUGCAGUACCAGGUUGUGCCACUAGUUGCUGCCACUCUUUGAUUCAAUCGAGGUGAAGGCGAGCGCUGCUUUGCUUUGCUUACUGUAACCUUAUUCCUCCAGGAAGGAGUUGAUAUGCACAUAAACUGCUCAAUAAAACUUGGAAAUCCA